AUGCCAAGCGAUUCGUCAUAUGCCAUUCACACCCUCUAUCAACUGAAAUGCCGUGUUGCUGCGGGUCAACGUCCCAUUCUCACCCAUGUCAUGCGAGCUAUCCAGUACGAGAUCAACCAUAACCAUGACUACAAUGCUGCCGAAGAGUUGUUCCGUGACUUACUCCUCAUGCUGAAUCUCGAACGCAUUGACGACGGCGCCCAUUCGUUGAUAUCAUCACCUUUGGAGGACGACGCUUAUUCUGUGAGGCGGUCAGUCUACUCGGAGUUGGAUAUUGCAUGCUUUCAAAAGUCCAUUGGCAAGUUGAUACGUGCAGCACCACAACCGCGGAUAGCUUUAAAGUAUGUUUGUUACCUUUUUCAACUUGAUCCACCAAUGCGAAACGAGCGGAUCGAGAAUACUGCAUUGAUCGAUGUGAUUCGAGUCUAUGCCCGUGCACGUGGUGAAUACCUUGUCAAGGCUUUGGAUUUCGUGGAAAUUGGUGUCGAACGUGGCCUUGCUAUCCCUCACAAUACACGUAUCAAACAUCAUCUCAACGACGACGCAUUCCAAGUCGCUUGCCAUCCCAUCUUACGUCACAAUCGCCUUCGCUUCUCUGAUGAUGGUACCAUGAUUAUUCCUGUCGUUGAACAUGCCCAUGAUAUAUACCGUCGGAUGAUUCAACAAUAG